CUGACCGCCGUGCCCCAGCAAGUGUGGCAUCCAUCUCAAAUGCUGCAGAAGCAACCGACCGCGGUGUCCCAGGAAGUAUGGCAUCCUACUCAAAUGCCCCUGCAGCAGAAGCAACUGACCGCCGUGCCCCAGCAAGUGUGGCAUCCAGCUCAAAUGCUGCAGAAGCAACCGACCGCGGUGUCCCAGGAAGUAUGGCAUCCUACUCAAAUGCCCCUGCAGCAGAAUCAAACGACUGCCGUGCCUCAGCAAGUGUGGCAUCCUGCUCAGUUUCCCCAGCAGAAGCAACUGGCCCCUAUGCCUCUACUGCAGAAGGAACCAGAAGCAACCGGCCACUGAACCUCAACAGAAGGAGCUGACCGCCAUGCCCCAGCAAAUGUGGUAUCGAGCUAAAAUGCUCCAAAAGGAGAAUCAUCUGGCCGCCAUUCUCCAGCAGCCUCUGCCCGUGUGGCAUCCAUCUAAAUUUCCCCAGCAGCAGAAGGAACUGGCCGUCGAGCCCCAGCAGCAGAAGGAACUGGCCGUCGAGCCCCAGCAGCAGAAGGAACUGGCCGUCGAGCCCCAGCAGCAGAAGGAACUGGCCGUCGAGCCCCAGCAGCAGAAGGAACUGGCCGUCGAGCCCCAGCAGCAGAAGGAACUGGCCGUCGAGCCUCAAGUGAGUUAUCCAGCUCAAUUGGCCCAGCAGCUACCCAACCCCAUUCCUCAGCAAUUAUGGCAUGUAGCCCAAAUUUCCCAGCAGCAACUGGCCCCAAUGUCUCAGCAGAAGCAUUACGAAAGCACUGAAGAUGCCUCUGGUAGUUCUCAGGCCAGCAUCGUUGAACGGUCAGGUGUCAUCCCAAGCUCUUCCUACAUUUCCAAAUCGCACUACAAGAAUGGCAGAACUGGAGUCUCCCAAAUCAGCUACACUCCUAGGGAGGCAAUGCCUGUUGACAGUGGAAAUGCUCCCAAGGACGGUUAUGUUAGCAUUGGUGCACCAAGCAUAUAUCCAACACUAGUGAAGGAUUCUGCAAGGGAAAUAUAAUGGAUUCAUCCUCUAGAAGCUCUAAUGACCAGGAAGUUGCUGGUGCUCUUGCUACUCUAGUGUGAUGGAAUCAAUAAACAAUUUUACUUUAUAAAA